ACAAACUGCGACGAAAAUACAUUAUUAGCGUAAUUUUUAUCACCCGCAAAGCACAAUCUCUCAUUUACAUUUAUUAUCAUUUUUGACUUUAGUUUAUUCAAGUUUGUGAUAAGGAAUAACAAAUAGCCAUAUGUGACGACAUUCGUACAAUAAUGAUUAUGCAUAAACACAUUAACAAUCGUUUCAAUGUGAGCGGUUAUCGUUAUCAGUAUAAGUUUCGACAAAACAUUUUAGCGGUAGAAUCUCGAAUAAAUUACAUCCCAGUUAAGAAAAAAUGUAUUCUCAUAGAUUAAGUAAAAUUUGGCAAUUCCAAAGUUUUAAUAGUGGAUUACGGUUCAAUCAUGCACAAGCUAUCAAAGCUGAUAUUCAGUGUAGAACAAUUAAUAAAGUAUUAAUAGCAAACAGAGGGGAAAUAGCAUGCAGAGUUAUGCGAACUGCCAAAAAACUAGGUUUAAGAACAGUUGCAGUUUAUUCUGAAGCUGACAAAAAUGCAAUGCAUGUGGAAAUGGCAGAUGAGGCCUAUCAUAUAGGUCCAGCUCCUUCAUCACAGAGCUAUUUAAAUGCAGCCAAGAUAAUAGAAGUAGCAAAAAAAUCUAAAAGUCAAGCGAUACACCCAGGCUACGGAUUCCUAUCUGAAAAUGUUGAGUUCUGUGAAAGAUGUGCCAAUGAAGGUCUUAUAUUCAUUGGUCCACCAACAUCUGCUAUCAGAGAUAUGGGGAUUAAAAGCACUUCAAAGGCCAUAAUGGCAAAGGCUGGAGUGCCUAUAGUGAAAGGAUAUCAUGGAGAAAAUCAAAGCAUUGAAUUUUUACAUGCUGAAGCUAAGCGGAUAGGUUUCCCAUUGAUGAUUAAAGCUGUACGCGGAGGUGGUGGUAAAGGUAUGAGAAUUGCUAUGACAGAGUCAGAAUUUUUGACUCAAUUAGAAUCAGCGAAGAGAGAAUCUCUUAAAUCGUUUGGUGACGACAAUAUGUUGUUAGAACAAUACAUAACAGAUCCAAGACAUGUUGAAGUACAGGUUUUCGCUGACAUGCAUGGAAAUGCUGUUCACUUAUUUGAAAGAGAUUGUUCCGUUCAACGGCGACACCAAAAAAUAAUUGAAGAGGCGCCUGCACCUGGUCUGUCUGAAGAAACACGCAAAGCGUUAGGUGAUGCGGCCGUCAGGGCUGCUAAAGCUGUUGGUUAUGUGGGAGCGGGAACAGUUGAGUUCAUCCUGCAUAGACAGACUCAUGAGUUUCACUUUAUGGAAAUGAAUACUCGCUUGCAAGUAGAACACCCUAUUACGGAAAUGAUUACAGGCACGGACUUAGUAGAAUGGCAACUCCGUGUAGCAUCAGGCGAGCCGCUCCCACUAACACAAGACGACAUCAUCCGACGAGGUCACGCGGUGGAAUGCCGCAUAUACGCGGAGGAACCACGCGCCGGAUUCUUGCCAAGAGCGGGUACAUUGCACCGUUUGACACAGCCUACAGUUGAAGAUAAUGUUCGAGUGGAAACUGGAGUGAGGCAAGGACAAGAAGUAUCCGUACAUUACGAUCCUAUGAUCGCGAAACUUGUCGUAUGGGGACGUGAUAGAAACGAAGCGUUGGCUAAAACACAACGUAAACUUUCCGAAUAUCAAGUAGCAGGUCUAGAAACGAACGUGAACUUCCUGCUCCGCUUGAGCGGUGCGAGCGCGUUCGUAUCGGGCGACGUGCACACCGCGUUCAUACCGGAACACGAAGCGGAGUUGUUCCCGCAGAAAGAUCUGGAACUCAGCGAUGAGUGCGCUGUACAAGCUGCUUUGGGACAUAUACUUAAAUCUCAAUUGGAAAGUUCACCGAACGACACAUGGAAGGGGAUAUCCGUCGCUCCUACCGCCUGGCGACCGAAUUAUCAAUUGCAAAAAACAAUUAACUUGAAGUUUGGCGAAAAAGAUAUAAAAGUGACAGUUCAAUACGAGAACACUCCAAACGCAUAUCAAGUGCGUGUAAACGACGGUGAAUGGCAGAAAGCGGAAGCCUCUAUAAAGCAAACGCAAGAGGGGUUAAGACUAAUAACAAAAAUAAAUGAUAAGACGAGCAAUGUCGGUCUUUUGACGUAUGACCGAGAAGUGCAUGUGUAUGAUGAGAAUGGCCAAAAAGUAGUACAUCUACCGCGACCCAAAUACAGAGAAGCGGCUGGUGCUGGCUCCAUACAAACAGCCAACAACGCUUGUUCACCCACCCCGGGAGUGUUCGAGAAAAUACUCGUCAAUAAAGGGGAUAAGGUAGUUAAGGGGCAGCCACUAUUCGUGGUCAUCGCAAUGAAGAUGGAGUACGUAGUGCGGUCACCUCGCGACGGAGUUGUCGCUGAAGUAGCUCCCUUCAAGCAAGGAGACGCGGUGGGCAAGGGUGCACAAGUCGUCACAUUACAGGAAGAUAGCUAGAUAUUAAGAUGUACACAUAAAUA